ACCACGCGCACAGCACAGCUAAAAAAUAACUGUCCGAAAAAAGAGCUACAGACAAACACGGAUACAACCACCACCUGACCACCACGACCACUAACCACCGUCAUUUCUACAAUUGUCAGUCAACCUCAAUUCCACUUUCUCAGUUAAGCUAAAUCCAUGUUUGGGGAAUGUCUUGAGUGAUGGCUGGGAAUACGAAGCUCGAAUCAGUUUCUGCUGCUUCGUCUGAGCCGGCUUUUUCGGGAGCGUAUACGAACGGGAAGAGGGGGAGUUUGGACAGGACUGGAAGCUUUAGAGAGGGUGGUGAGAGUAGGGGUUUUGGUGUGACUCGAGGCGGGGGUGGAAGUAAUGGAAAUUUAGGGCCUGGGAGUUUGCAUUCGUUGUCUCAGUGUUUGUCGUUAGAGCCAAUUCCGGUUGGUGAUAGGAAAACCGAUAGGUUGGCUGAGGUAAGGAGGGUGAUGGGGCUUUUUGUUGGAAGUUCGGGUGACGAGAGUUCUUCUGGAGUUGGUGUUUCGGGUAAUGCCAAGCCUUCGACUCCGGUGGCUGUUGGGGAGGAUCUAAAGCGUUUGAGAUCAAGUUUUGUGGAUACGUGUAACACUGCUAGGGGCAGGGCAAGUAAAUUGGAUGAACAUUUGAAUAAGUUGGAUAAAUAUUGUGACGGUGUGAUGUCAAAGAAACCGCAGAGGAAUGAAUUAACAAAUAGUGAUCAGGAAGGUGUUUUAAACUCGAAGAUUGGAACUCAAAUUCUUAGAAACCCAACAGAAGUUGUAAACCAAAGAGUAGAAGAUCGUCCUAAGAAUGUUCUUUUGAACAAGCGUGUUCGCACUUCAGUUGCAGAAACACGGGCAGAGUUGCGGGUCAAUAGUCUAAGAAGGCAGCCUAUAGCAAUGGCCAAAGAUCGAGAUUUACUCAAGGAUAGUGCUGGAGAAUCUGAUAUCGUAGAAGAGAAGAUUCACCGGUUGCCGGCAGUUGGGGAAGGGUGGGACAAAAAGAUAAAAAGAAAACGUUCAGUAGGUGCGGUUUUUACAAGACCUAUCGAUAGCAAUGGAGAUGUAAAAAGGACUGCUCAAAACAAGGUUGUUAGCGAACCGGGGUUGCUAUCAAAGGACGCCCAACCUUGCAGAUUAGGAUCUUCUAAUAGUGGUAGCACUCAAAAGGUGGAUAAUAAGUUGGAAGGGCCGAAUAUGCCUCAUAAUUCUCGUGCUCGUAUGUCUCCCAGCGAUGAACUAGAGGGCCCCGCAAAAGAACUCAGUGCUGGAUCCAAUAAGGAAAAAAAUCUUACAAAAGGGAACACUAACAGGUCAAAUGCUCGAGAUGACAAUACUGCCUGUGGUAAUUUAGUGACAAAAGGGAAAGCUUCGAGGACUUCACGUAAUGGGCCCAUGGUGGCAGCCAGCUCAUCCCCAAGCAAUCCUCAUUUAUCGGGAACUCCUGAAAUAUGCGAGAAUGUGACAAGUGGAAGCAAAAUUCCAUCAAUCGGUGGAACUAACAAUCGGAAGCGUGCUGUGCCACCGGGUUCAUCAUCUCCGCCUAUGGCUCAGUGGGUUGGUCAGAGACCACAAAAAAUAUCUCGAAACAGGAGAGCAAAUCUGGUGUCUCCUGUCUUGAAGCAAGAAGAAAAACCAUUGUCACCUGACAGUUGUUCACAGCCUGAUAUCAGUGUUAGAGUACCCUCUGAUGCGAAAAAUGGUCUUCUUGUUUCAAAACAGUUUAAGCUUAAACUAGAGCCAGUCCAGUCUCCACUUUGGUUGACUGAAAGUGAAAAAUCCAUUGGUGGUCAAAAUGUUGGACCUUCUUUAGCAACUGCAAUGAAGGUCAAAGCUGUAACCAGUGAAGAAAACGACGAGGGUGUGAAGAGACAGGGGCACAAUGGAAGAGGCCCUUUAAUUGUAAUGGCUAGUUCUUCAACGACUGGGGAGAAGUUAGAUAAUGUAACCAUGGUUAAGCCAGUCCGAAGCAAUAGACCUGGUUGUGAGAAGAAUGGAAGUAAGGCAGGCCGUCCUUUGAAAAAGCUCUCAGACCGCAAGGGUUUUCCACGCCCUGGCCAUUUGCAAAACAAUGGUUCUGAUUCUACUACUCCUACAGGGAAUGAUGACCGUGAAGAACUGUUAGCAUCUGCAAGUCAUGCUCGUAAUGCUAGCUAUCUAGCGUGUUCAAGCACUUUCUGGAAAAAAUUGGAACCAAUAUUUGCUCCUGUCAGCUCUAGAGACAAAUUAUACUUAUCCCAGCAGCUAAAAGAACAUGGUAUUCAGGAAAGCUUCCAUCAGUUACCUGGUCGUGAAAAUAAUAUUAUGAUGAACCAUCGUGCUGAAACUUCUGUAUACAACACAAAUAUGUGCGGAGAAAGAAGUGGGCAUGUGAAGCAUCAAGGGAGUGAGUCUUUUUCUGGAAGACUCGAUUCAGAUAAAAGAUCCAAAGAAUUUAUCCCUUUGAUCCAGAGAGUAUUAUCAGCACUCAUCAUAGAAGACACGAUUGAUGAACUUGAAGAAGAUACCGCAAAUAUAUUACUUGAGGAUUCUUUUUGUGAUUCAGUUUAUAAUACAUUUCAAAUUGAUGGUUAUGAUUCUAGAAAGAGGUCUAGGAGGGAAGCUGAAGAUCAGACGAUGUUUCAAAGUGUUCAAUCUGUGAAGGUGUCUUUUUCUAGCAAUAGAAAACCUAGCAUUGAUGAUUCUCCAUGUGAAGAUGUGAUGUUGGCAGGAAUCUCAAAGAAUGUUAUCAACAGGCCACAAAUAGUACAGAUGGAAGGUUUUGGCAUUUCUUCAUUUGAUAACCAGUAUGAACAUAUGUGUCUUGAUGAAAAACUUCUUUUGGAGCUCCACAGCAUAGGUCUAUAUCCAGAAUUAGUGCCUAAGCUGGACAACAAAGACAAUGAGGCAAUCAAGCACGAAAUCGACCAGCUGAAGACAAGACUUCAACAACAGAAUUACAAAAAGAAGGCAUGCUUGGAAAAAAUAUGUGAAGGUGUUGGAAGAAGUUCUCUAGGAAGAAAUCUUGAGCAGCUUGCAUUAGAUAGACUGGUGGAGCUGGCUUACCGAAAACUUCUGGCUACUAGAGGACCUUCUAGAGGUGGGAUCCCAAAGAUUCCAAAGCAUGUGGCAUUGGCAUUUGGAAGGAGAACUCUUGCUAAAUGUCGUAAAUUUGGAAAAUCAGGUGUCAGUUGCUUCAAUGUACCUCCACUUCGGGAUAUCCUUUAUGCUCCUCAUGAAAACGAGUUGGAGCAUCCAGUUUCUACGAAUACCACUACCAGAUAUAUUGAAUUUCAAAACCCCCACCUGGAUUCAUGGAUAUCAUCAGAUGAGGCUUUUGUCAUAAACGGACCAAUGUCAAACCCAGGAAAGAAGAAAGAACUUUUACUCGAUGAUGUUGGCACUGUUUUCGGUGGGACAAUGGGAAAACGUGCAUACCCAGGUGACAAGAAAACAAAUCUGAAACAGAAAGCAGGGCAACCACCGACACCCAGAAAUGGAUACGGUAACCAAUCUACAAGAUCACUACAUCCUGUACAGCCUUCAUUAAAUGGACUUCAUCAUAAUGGUGAUGACACACGAAAGGACAUUCAGACGAUUUCCCAUUCUAAUGGACUUCAAGAAAUGUCCAAGGAGAGUAGCGAAACCAUUGACCUGCUUCAUGAUUUAGACCCGAUUGAUGAAUUAGCAGUAGACACUGAGCUAGGCGAUCCCCAGGAUUUGGGCUCUUUGUUAAAUUUUGAUGAAGAGGAUUUGCAAGAUCAUUAUUCAGCAGGACUUGAGAUACCAAUGGAUGAUCUUACGGAAUUGAAUAUGUUCUGAUGGUCUUUUGCGCAUUAAUUGAUUUUAAAAAAAAAGAAGUGAAAGUGUAUAUUUUUGUGGCAUAUUUGGACUAUUACAGGAAAGGUAAGAUGCCUUAUCAUCAUUUGUAA